UUGCUGCACUUUCGUUUUUUUUCCCGGCCGCUUCCCCACCCCAUUCUCUUCCUUGCUGCCCAGCGGUCGCGAGGCUCCCCUCCCUAGCCCGACUUCUGCAACGCACGCCUCACUCGGACGCGGCUCCUGAAGGAGACCCAUCUCGUCCUCUCCCUCCAGAACUCCAGACACGCAGUAACAAUGAGAAGGAUAAGCACUUUGCUGCUGGUGUCAGUGCUAUCCGCACUGGGCUAUUGUCUAGAUGCCCCGGCCGACUGUGGAACGCUCAGUUAUUCAGACGCCGAAUUUGCUGCCCUGCCGUUCGAUCAAGUCGACAGGUCUGGCAACAUCCAGCGGUUUUGCCAGCCUGAAGCAGUCAUGAUUCGCCAGGAACACUUCUGGUGUGGUGGGUACAUCGACUCUGACAUGAAUGUCGUGGCGGACACUGCAAGGGCUCCACUCCCUGCUGAAUCCGAGUCCGACCAGUUUUGGACAAUCUUCUUGCAGUUCCCGGCGCUGUCGUGGAUGGACGUGGCGCGAAAGGCGCAGAUCAUGCAGAUCAUUGAGGAGGUCGUCAAAACUCAGACCGGCUGCCUGGCCGGCAUUAAUGACUAUCUCCAGUUCUGCGUGUCUAAUGUCGAGACGUACGAAGUUGCAGAAUACAGAGAAUCAGUGCUGGUCACCCUAUACAACCUGGGCAACAUCAGCAGCACAACAUUCGACACCUGCUUCAGGAACGGCCUCAGUGGAAAUGCCUACGUGACUGGGUUCAGAGGAAAGACGGCACUGCGACUGACCCUCAAUGUGUCCCUGGUAGACAUGUUCAAUCAGAAUAUCGGACCGGCUAGCUCCAUUGGGAACGAGAACCGCGACCCCACUCUGCGACCUGUGUAUCUCAACAGCUGGGCAGGUGAAGUGAGCCUUUCCGUUGCCCGAGAUCGCACAUCGGACAGUCGAUUUGCCUCCAACCCCAACCCCAUCAACUACGGUCUGGAGGCUGGAGACAUUGUGUUUGCCUUCUUUGGCUCUGUUCUGUUGGUUGUGGUGGGCGCUCUAGUCGUCCUAGGAUUCUUUAUACAUCCUUUCUUCCUCUCAUAGCAGUAAGUGUCUUCUCGUAGCAGUACAUACCAUACUUUCUUCUUCUCAUAGAGGUCUAUAUAUAGCAUGUUUUGGGAUAACUGGUGGAACUGAAUUAGUGCCGAUUUGGUUGCAUACAAUAACCAUGUACAUUUUUGCUUGGCAAAUUUUAGAGGGCAACAACGAUGUGAAAAACGCCCGGUUUUGUGCACUUUUAUAUCAUGUCAGAGGGAUAUUAUCCUCAUUUUUAUAAAGCUCAGUUCAAAAUAUUGAUGCAAACCCUCCUCUCCCUCCCUCUCUCUCUCUCUCCUCUUUCUAUUCCUGUUUGUUUGCAGCAGUUACCUGCCCGUCUUGACCAAAGAGUGCAGUGUAUAUACAAAUACAUGGUAGACGCUACUAUGAGACUAGCUAUAUUUCUGUGACGUUUUGAAACGCUCGUUCGUUGCGUCAUUAUUGUAGUCGUGCUGUUGUAAAUGUAGAUCUUUUAAUUUCAGUGCCUUUUUACGAAAUAUUGUAAUGUGUACGAUUAUCUUGUAUAUAUACGGCAAUGAUGAUUUAUGUUUUAUGGUGAAGUGCAGUGCAGCAUUAUAAAACACACGUGAAAACGAAAUUGAAGUAGUAAAUAAGAAGCAAACACAUGAAAAUUACACAAACAAUUCCUCACAAAAUAAAAGCGAAGGUGAGUGUUUUUUGUGAAAUGAAUGCAGCAGACGCGAAAAUGAAAGUAUGCAGGAGCGACAUCACCACAAGGUGGUGGUGCUCAAUGUCUGCGGGACUGAAAUACAUUGAUCAUCAAAAUCUGGAGGAAAUGCCUGAGCGGUAAGGUAGACCC